UCUAUCUAUCUAUCUUUCUUUAUUUCUCUCUCUGUGGAAACUAUCUCCCAACAAGACAAUACUAUCAUUCGAAUCUCCCCAUGCCAUACAUCGCUAAAACAUGUGUACAGUGUACUUUAUGUACUCACCAACCCCCAUGCCUUGUUCCUCCUUUUCUAUUUUCUCACGCUACGAGAAAGAAUAAAACCGACAGAACAGACGAAAAAAGAAGAAAAGGAAUGCACAGUUUAACAACUUGUAGCUGGAGAAGGUAUCGGAAAUUUCGCUGCAAUAAAAUUGGACGACAGUAAAUGUCAGUGUCAUACAUUUUGUCUUGGGCAGUUGUCCCAUAAAUAUAUUUUCUGGGGAGGAUUCAACAAAAGGAUUACUCACGCGUCGUUAGUGCAGGAAGGCACGCGCGAUGGUGCUGGGCAUGGAGUGAGCUGCUAUGUUGUCUGACGGAAAUUGUUAAACCUAAUCCAUACUUUCUUUCUAUCGUCGAGCAGGGGUCUUCAAAGAUGCAAAAAAUUACGAUCAGAUUUGCUCUGUGUUGGAGCCUUCUUCUCUAUGGAAUUAUCCAGGUCACCGAAGCGAAUUUCUUCACACACGGAAAAUCAGGUGUCCAGUGUGGAGAGAACAAAUGUCUGUCUCAAGUACCGUGCAAAAACCAAAAGUGUGUAUGUCCCUACAGAGGGUUUGGCACUUUCCUGUGCCCACCUCAUGCCACAGACUUCUGCGUUAUCUUCAACGACCCUGUGAUUCACGGCUUUGACAUCUCCCGUGUAGAAGUCCCCAUCAACAACAAAGUGCUCAUGGCUCACGUGGAGUCGCACGCCUGUGGGGCGACCGGACCACAGCCUGCCAUACACGAAGUGGGAUGUGACACCAGGAUAUUCGCUUGGGGAGAGAAAAGGAGAGGAAAGCUGUUUAUCCGGGGUCUAGAGGUGAAGCUUCUGGCUUACAAAGGCUUUGACGUCUACAAUCACGCAGUCCGUAUCAGAGCUCAUAUAAAUGCUGAUGGGAAAUAUGAAUUCAUAGAAGAAGGCAACCGUAACUUUUUUGGCAACCUUCCGUACGGCCCCCCUGUGAAGACCAACAUCCCCGGCCUGGGAGAGGUGAAGACCGUCUAUAACCAGGAGGACAAUAUUGCCGUGGUGGACAUCUCUGUUUGUGGCGUCACGGCAGGAAUCAGGGGCGUAGACUUUAGCGGGAAAUACGACUUCCGUUCUCAAGUGCCAGGCGUCUACGUCACCGUGGACAGGUCGUGCUCCCUAAUGCGGCACCCAUUCUUGAGACGUUAACGGAAACGGCCCAAGAAUGUGACGAGAAACAGCUGGUGGAAGCGCUCCCUCUGUGUCUGUUCAUCAUUCACAGACCACUGUUUCUUAACUGCUGGGAUUACUCCAGGAAUGGGAACAAGGCCCUGAGUCUCCUGGACAAGUGUAUCUUCAGUCUGUGCGACACAAACGCCCCGACGUGUGAUGAGGUGAAAACACAGGUAGCGUUAUCGAAGUGUGGCCGCUACGCCCCAGUCAAAGAUUCUAUUUUGCAGCACAGUUGUUACUUUGAUUGAAGCAAAUGACAGACCAGUCUUCAGAUUUCAGCUUCUGAAAUAGUACGUGCAUUCAUGUAUUGUGUAAAAAAAAAUAAAAACUGAGCCUCUGUAA